CAUUUGUAUUUUUGUGAAAAAUUAUAAGAAAUCAGAUAAAUCUGGGAGAACUUAGAGAAAGAGAGAGAGAGAACGUGUGCUUUUAUUGUGGUUCAAUUUUAAUUUCCCACCAGGUCAUAACCCCCCUCAAUUCACUGCAAUUCUGUAAACCAAAAAACAAACAAAGCCUAAUUCCCCAGCGACCCAACUCUAUAAACACACACAAUUACACCCAAAAGAAAAAAAAAACUAUAUAUAUAUAUAUAAAACCCUAGCUUUGGCUUUUGGAUUGCAAUUGUGAUUUUUCAGUUUGGAGCUAAAAUAUGCAUUUCUGAUUCAAUUUUUCCCUUUUCCUUGCGAUUGAUUCCUGAAUUUUAUUUUCGUUUGGAUAACUUUGGAAUUAUUGCUAUUUUAUUUUGUUUCGGUGAGAAAAGAGAGAGAGGAGGAGAUAAUGGAGGGAAUACCGCAUCCAAUACCUCGAACUGUAGAAGAGGUCUUCAGCGACUUCAGAGGCAGACGCGCCGGCUUGAUUAGGGCCCUUACCACUGACGUCGAGAAGUUCUACCAGCAGUGCGAUCCCGAGAAGGAGAACUUGUGUCUUUAUGGACUUCCAAAUGAGACAUGGGAAGUUAAUCUGCCUGUUGAGGAGGUGCCACCUGAGCUUCCUGAACCAGCGUUAGGUAUAAACUUCGCUAGGGAUGGGAUGCAAGAGAAGGAUUGGUUGUCACUAGUUGCAGUUCACAGUGAUUCGUGGUUGCUUUCUGUUGCUUUCUACUUUGGUGCGCGCUUUGGUUUUGGCAAGAAUGAGAGGAAGAGGCUUUUCCAUAUGAUAAAUGAUCUCCCCACCAUCUUUGAAGUUGUGACAGGAAAUGUCAAGCAACCAAAGGAUCAAUCUGUGACUCACAACAACAGUAGCAAAAACAAAUCUAGUGGAAAGUCUCGGCAAUCUGAAUCUCAGACCAAGGGUGUAAAGAUGUCUCCACCGCCCAAGGAAGAAGAUGAAAGUGGAGAGGAUGAAGACGAGGAUGAUGAACAGGGUGCAACAUGUGGGGCAUGUGGGGACAACUAUGGUGCUGAUGAGUUCUGGAUUUGUUGUGAUAUCUGUGAGAGAUGGUUCCAUGGCAAAUGUGUAAAGAUUACACCGGCUAAGGCUGAGCACAUCAAGCAGUAUAAGUGUCCAAGUUGCAGUAGCAAGAGGAUUAGAGUUUGAAUCUAGGUUCUGAAUUUGGAGAAAUUGCCAAGUCAAGAACACAGACAAGAUUUACCUUUCAUUGCAAUUGCGAAUUGAAACAGAGUCAGUUGUCUAUUUUAAUGAAUUCGAAUGACUGCAGAUGGGAUUCCAAGUUUUGCUACCCAUGUUUCAUGUUCUGACUUGUUUUCUCAGGAAUUUGUUUCAAUAUCAAGUCAGUGGCAACUAGUAGUGUGUAUAUAUAUAUAUAUAUAUAUACACGACAGUGAAGUUUCUUUUGGUUUAAAUGUUGAUGCAUGCAUUAUUACCUUAAA